CCUUCUAACAAGACAUAUCCAGAUCGUCAUAUUUAUAUAUGACAUCCAUUCAGGCAGGAAACGGGCACGCGCAAUAGUAUAUAGUGCAAUACACACAACACUCAGCAACUCCGCACGCUAGAAGCAAAGCACAAUGGUUGGCGCCACUUCCGCUGCUUUGGCUGGACGAUACAUGUUGCAACUGCGAAGCACAACACCGUUCAGCAAUCUUUACAAGCCUGAUCGCAGGCUAUACAAGUUAAAUCGCAGAAUGAUGUAUUUGACGGCAAACCCUGUCACAAAAACUCGUGACACACUCGACACUCGCGCAGUGGCUUCUCGCGAUGUUGCGGUUUACAUCCACUGGCCUUAUUGCAAGAAAAUGUGCUCAUACUGCAAUUUCAACCGCUAUGUCAAAGACAACGUCGAUCACGAACGCAUGCGCAACUGCCUUGUGACGGAAUUAAAGACCGCUCUGGCGGCUACUAAGCCCACAAGCAUCCGGUCGGUGUUUUUUGGUGGGGGCACCCCUACACUAGCACAGCCACAGACGAUCAAAGCUCUGCUGGAUGUGAUGACGGAUGCAGGGCUGAUGCAGAAAGGUGUGACGGAGGUGACCAUGGAAGGCAAUCCCUCGUCCACAGAAAUACAACAAAUGGAGCUGUUCAGGAAUGCAGGAGUCAACCGCAUGUCUCUGGGCGUACAGAGUUUGAUCUCUCCCGAGGAUCUGCUGUUCCUAGGGCGUAAUCACUCCAUUGACGAGGCCAUGGCUGCAGUUGAGGUGGCGCGUACGUUGUUUCCUGGGAGGUUCUCUAUUGAUCUCAUCUUUGGACGUCCCGGACAAACACGUACGCAGUGGCAAGAUGAGCUCAACGCGGCAAUGCAAUUGGUUGAUGGACAUGUAUCUCUCUGUAUGUAA